AUGACACCGGUUGGAGGCCUACUCAAACCUAUAUCAGCAAACAUAUUCAAAUCAGAAAAGCAGCAGCAUCCAUGGUGGCCGCAUAAGGUCCAGAUCUUUGAUAAGCCGCUGUUCAGGCUUUGGGACCAUAAUUCAGGAAGCCAACCUGGUGAGGACGGUUGUAUGAGGUCAAGAGCGAAGCGUGAACAACCUUAUGCGUUCGAAUCCCGGAAGGAAUCGUUGACUGUUCACAUUGAUCACAUAGUCUGGAAUCAAACACCUUACAUCUCUUGCACAACCUCGCCUUCCAAAGUUGAAGACCUCGCCAAGUUAAGAGGCCAAAUGCAUCGAGGACCCCACACUCUAAUCGUUGUCGAUCCCAAUAAUCGAAUUCGAAACGGCCUACCCGUCCUACCCCUCAGUGAUGAGAUGAAAUGCUAUGAUGUCCUUGACCCCUACAACAAAACCCGAGAAUACUAUGAAGAUCACCAUAUCUGCUUGUGGGAGGUCACACGUAAGGAGGUAUUAGGCUGUUGGCAACGUACAGUUGUUGCAGAAGAUGUGUACCAUAGGAAACAUGGCAAGAAGACACCCAGAACCGUUGGCGUCACGGCCUUUCUCGUCAGUCAGCUCCGUUAUUUCUCCUAA